CAGUUUUCAAAAGGCAGGUGAAGAAAGGGGUGCUCAGGGGAGCAACCUCCACUGGAUGAGAGUGUGUAGUUGCACGGAGUUAGCCAGCAAGGUGAGCUCCAGAGCCCAAACCCUCCUUCGGCUCAGCACCCUGCACCGAGACUAACUGAAAGCAAACCGAGAUCCCCCACGAAAGAGCCUCAGGUCCUUCCACAGAAUGGGGCGAGUCUCCUCCAGGUCCCACGCAGACCCCGAGCGAUCCUCGGGACAGUGCGGUGCCAUGCUUCCCCCUCCCCCGUACCUGAAAGGGCCGCUGUGCCGGGAGCCUCUCGGGGCAGGGAGCGGACCCCCUUCUCCCCCUGCCCCGCUCCUUCGGCACCCGACGCUCGGCGGUGGAAAGGGGCCAACGGGGGGUGCUUCCAGUCCGGCCGGCCCGGCCGCCCCACCUGGCCCGCGGCCGGGAGGUGGGGAGCCCAGCCAGGCACAACCCCCGGCUCCGCUCCGCACCCGGGAAAUUCCCCGACAGCUCCCGGCGGGAGAUAAAAGCACCGGCGGAGAACGGGGCCGCAGAGACGGCUCCCGCAGCACCUCGGCCGCCAGCACCAGCCAUGAGCCCGCACCUCCUCCUCGUCCUCCUCCUGGCCGCCGCGCUCUGCCGGGAGCCACGACGAAGCAGGGACAGACGGUGUGCCUGAGCCCCUCCGCACCCUGGGUCAAGCUCAUCGUCACCAGGAUCCUCAACAGCUCAGCACAGAAGAACUGACGGGGGAAGAGAAACGCGCUGGAGGGGAGAUGACAUUGAGCCUGAGGCUUCGGGGGCUUUCUUCUCCUGAAAUGCACUGCGUUUGAGCUCAGCCUAUUUAUUGAGGCCUUUAUUUAACGUAAUGAUACCUGUUUGUAUUUAUUUAAAUAUUGCAAGUACUAUGUAAGACACGUCUUUAAUUUGGACAUUGUCUGAAAAGCACCAUUCUCAGUGCUGUACUAAUUUACUGCCUUUAAAACCUUGCUUUUGGGGUGUUGUGCGGGAGAAAAGAUACAGGGAAUAUCCUGAAUUCUUUCACAGGAAAAUAUUUCCUUGGGCUGCAGCAUCAGCAAACCACUGAUGAGGCUUCAGCAUCAGCAUGAAAUAUAUUUCCACACUACAGGCCUUUGUAAGGACUUGAGUAACUCACGUAGAAACAUUUAUUCUACAUAGCAGCUUUGAGUGGAGAUGGGAACUGCUGCCUCCCAAAACACGUCUUUGUUUUGUUUUGCACAUUGUAAAACUACGUGCCUGGGAAAAAACUUUCCUAGCUUCUGUUGGAAAGCCGUGCAGCCUGCUGUGCCAGAGGCAAAGGUUAACUCGGCAGCACAAGUUCACCGGCAGCCUCUAGUUCCCUUGUCCUGCCAGAAGUCCUGGUAUACACAGCACUGCUUACCUUGUGCGUUUGCAUUUUGAGGGAGCGGGUGGGUUUUGCUCCUUGCAACCUUAGACAUGUGAUGUCUUUUUUUGUAUGGCAUAAUGUCAUAAUUUAUAUAAAGUUAUAUGUAAGGGAACGUGCUGUUGUGUUGAUGGACGUUUGUUUAUUCUAGUCCAAAUUCCUUUUGGAAUUGUGUAUAUGCAGUUUCCUCUUCUCUUAGUGUUUCUGUCCAGCAGAAAAUUAAAAAGAAGGGGGAUCUAAACCACUUCUAAAUACUAGUAUUUAAAUGUCAUCAUGGUGAGACCAUGUGAUUUCUAUUCAUCUACUCAUUUUCCAAAAUGCUGAAGAAACCCUUUUGUUAUACAUGUAUAAUUAUUGUCUAGAGGUAUCAUCAUACAUCCAGAAUAACAGUAAUAAGUUCCUGUAUAUCAAAUGGAAGAUAUUUUCCGAUGUUUUUAUUACUAUCUAUGUUUCCUAAUUAAGAAGUUUUCCCUUGUUACUUACAGAGUUGUGCUUUUUAAAAAAUAAAUAUUUAGAUACACUU